AUGGCAAGGAUGCGCGCGGCUUUUCUGUUCGUAAUUAUAACAAUAUUUAUUGGAGAAAUAAUAGGAAAAAAUUAUAAAAAUAUAAAAAAGUACAAAAUAGUAAGAAGUUAUAUAUGCAACCAAUAUAAAAGUGAUAAUAAAUAUUAUGGAAGAAAUGGGAAAGAAAAAAGAUUAAAUAAAUAUAGAAUAAAAUAUAAUAUAAAAAUAAAAAGACUUAAUGGAUUAUUAAAUAUAAAAGAAAUAAGUUUAAUAAAAAAUGUAAAUUUUUUAUCGUCUAUAAAUAUGGUUACAAGCUUAAGUAGUAUAUUUAUUUUUAUGCAUAUACUAAAUUAUUUAAAAUUAAUAAAUAAUACACAUAGAAAUACAUUACUCGAAAUUACAGAUAAAAUAUGUUCGAAAAUUUUUUUAUUUAAUACAAUAAAUGAUAUAAUAAAUACAAAUCCCCAAAAAAAUAUUCCGAAAUAUUUUAUUAUUGGUCUUUUUUCAAUUACACAAUUUAUAUUUCACACACUUUUUUCAAAUGGAAUGGCUUGUCUAUUUUAUUCGAGCUCCCAACAAAAUGGUGAAAAAGUUAUAGAAAAAAAAUGUGAAAAACAUAACCAUUCAUCGGAAAAAGAUUUAGACACAUGUAACGAGGUAUCAAAUUAUAUAAAAACACAAAAUGAAAACAUUUUGAAUAAAAAUUGUCAUAACAAUUCAGUAAAAAACGAUAUAAAUAAUUCUAAACAAAUCGAAACAUACGAAAUAGAAAGAGCAAAUAAUAUGACUAAUGUUAGUCUACUAAAACAUUUAUGUAUAUUAAAUCAUACAGGACUUAUACCUUUAUAUAUAUUUAAUUAUAUGCUUAAAAAAUUGAAUUAUGAAAAUGAUAAUAUAAAUAUAUUGAUUAAUUUUUAUAAUUUAUUUAAUGGUAUUCUUUCGAAGAUAUAUGUUAAUUAUUUUAUCAAAAAUAAUAAUACUGAAAAUAGUGGCGACUCAUUUAGCACCGACAAAAAAAUAAAUAAAUGGUGCACCCCAUUAGGUUUAUUUAAUAGUGUAUUCAAUAAUUGGUUUUCGUAUUCUCUUUUAAUUUCUAUAUUUUUAAAAUUUAUCGACAAAACAAAUAUAAUAUAUGAGAAGUCACUAAAACAUGUCUUAUUAGCAUUUAACAAUAUAUUACCACCAUCUAUACUUGUAAUCAUAUCAAAUAUAAUAUAUGAUGGAUUGAAAGAGAGUUCUAAAAUCUCUUUAAAAGAUUUGUUUUUUAUAUUAAAUAAUAAAUAUGUCUUAAUUCCUUCCUUCUUUUUUGUUUUAUCUCAUCUUAAUGAUUAUUUUAAACUAUUUAAGGUUUCCAAAAGUUUGCAUCUCUUUUUACUAGUUCAAGCAAUGACCCCUCCGAAUUAUAGUAUAUAUUUUUUAAGUGAGAAAUUUUCAAAAUUCCAAAAUAUAAAAAAGACAUUAUGUAUUUCAUACCCAAUUUAUUUAAUUCCAUUGUUUAUUUAUUCUUUUAUAUUAUUUGAAUAUUUCAAGAACAAAAUGUAG